CAGGCUUCCCUCCUGUUUCGCUCAGGGAGAGAGAGGGAGGAAGGUCAGAGCGCCAAUCCGGAGGGGCUGGAAGCGAAGCAUCCCUGCCUGGGCGCCCCAUGCACGUUUCCCUCCUGGGCUCCUGCUUUGGCGAGAGAAAAGAGGCACUCUUGGCGCUCCUGGCUUUCCAAGGGUUAAAGUGAACUGAGCCAGAUUCCUAGAGGGGACAGGAAAUGGGGGGGCGGGGUCCUCCGAAGUCUCCCUUCCUGUAGUGGCGGGAGGAGAGAGGGAGCGCUUUUUGUCUCCGCCAAGGACUGCGUCGGCGGCCCCUUCUGGGAUCUGGACUUUUUAGCGCCUCUAAUUAAGACAGACAGAAAUUGGCUGAAGAUGGAGUUCCUUCGGAGCUCUUGGAGGCUUCCUGGGAGCAAGAUGGACGAGCAAGACUCCACUGGCCCUGAAGUAGGAAGAGGCUCCCAUGCCAUCAAGACUGGGAGCAGUGGAGGAUUCUGGGAAAGAACCAUGCAGCAGGUCCUGGGAGAGGAGGACACCCUCAGCUCAGAUGUGCCGCACCAGCAGUUCAGGCAGUUCUGCUACCAGGAGGCCAAGGGCCCCCGAGAGGUUUGCAGCCGACUCCACCAUCUCUGCCGUCAGUGGCUGAAGCCAGAAAGGCACACGAAAGCUCAGAUGCUGGACCUGGUGAUCCUGGAGCAGUUCCUGGCUGUCCUUCCACGGGAGAUGGAGAGCUGGGUGAGAGAAUGUGGAGCAGAGACCAGUUCCCAGGCGGUGGCCCUGGCCGAAGGUUUCCUCCUGAGCUGGGCAGAGGACGAGAAGCAGGCAGAGCAGCAGGAAAAGGAUCCGUUGGCAGAAAUGGGCACUGAUCUCCCCAAGGCAGAGGAGACUCCAUCAGAUCCCAGAGAGAGGCCACUGGGUGAUGAAAUGAGGCCAAGACCUCCUCAGCUGUCUCUCGUUUGUGAUGGAGGAGAAGCAGCUGGUGUGGAAGUGGAUCAGGGUGCGGUGUCCUUUGAGGACGUGGCUGUGUAUUUCACGGAUGAGGAGUGGGCGCGGCUGGAUCCUGACCAGAGGACUCUGCAUAACGAAGUCAUGGCGGAGAACUGUGGGAUCAUGGCCUCUCUUGAAGGCGAUAAACUGGAAACCAAGAAUGAGGGAGAAUGUGACAGAAGUGACUCAGUAGAGAAACCAUGUAAAUAUUUGGAGUGUGGAAAUGGACUCAGUCAGAGCUCUCAUCUCACUUCCCAUCAAAGAAUUCACAGCAUAAAGAAACAAUUUCAAUGUUUGGAAUGUGGAAAGAGCUUCUCUCAGAGGUCUGCUCUCGCUUCCCAUGAAGGAAUUCACAGAGGGGAUAAACCAUAUCACUGCUCAGAAUGUGGAAAAUGCUUCAGUCAGAGAUCCAGUCUCAGUUCUCAUCAAAGAAUUCAUACAGGGGGAAAACCUUAUCAAUGCUCUGAAUGUGGAUCAAGGUUCAGUUCCAAGAAAAGUCUUACUUCCCAUCAAAGAAUUCACAGUGGGGAGGAACCAUAUCAGUGCUUGGAAUGCGGAAAGAGCUUUAGUGGGAAGGCAAAUCUGACUUCACAUCAAAGAAUUCAUACAGAGAAGAAACCAUAUCAAUGCUUGGAAUGUGGAAAGAGUUUUAAUACAAGGGCAAACUUCCACAGGCAUCAAAGUAUUCACCGUGGGGAGAAACCAUAUCAGUGCCAGGAGUGUGGGAAGUGCUUCAGUCGGAAUGAAAGUCUCACUUCCCAUCAAAGAAUUCACAGUGGGGAGAAAUUGUAUCAAUGCUUGGAAUGUGGAAAGAGCUUCCACUGGAAGGAAAGUUUCACUUCCCAUCAAAGAAUUCACAGUGGGGAGAAACCAUAUCAAUGCUUGGAAUGUGGAAAGAGCUUUCACUGGAAGGAAACUUUCACUUCACAUCAAAGAAUUCAUACAGGGGAGAAACCAUAUCAGUGCUUGGAAUGUGGGAAGAGCUUCUGCCGGAAGGAAACUUUCACUUCACAUCAAAGAAUUCAUACAGGGGAGAAACCAUAUCAAUGCUUGGAAUGUGGAAAGAGCUUCUGCCGGAAGAAAAGUUUCACUUCACAUCAAAGAAUUCAUACAGGGGAGAAACCAUAUCAAUGUUUGGAAUGCGGAAAGAGUUUUAAUACAAGGGCAAACUUCCACAGGCAUCAAAGUAUUCACCGUGGGGAGAAACCAUAUCAGUGCCAGGAGUGUGGGAAGUGCUUCAGUCGGAAUGAAAGUCUCACUUCCCAUCAAAGAACUCACAGUGGGGAGAAGCCAUAUCAAUGUUCAGAAUGCGGAAAGAGCUUCAGCAUCAAAGAAACUUUCACUUCCCAUCAAAGAAUUCAUACAGGGGAGAAACCAUAUCAAUGCUUGGAAUGUGGAAAGAGCUUCUGCCUGAAGAAAAGUUUCACUUCACAUCAAAGAAUUCAUACAGGGGAGAAACCAUAUCAAUGCUUGGAAUGUGGAAAGAGUUUUAAUACAAGGGCAAACUUCCACAGGCAUCAAAGUAUUCAUACAGGGGAGAAACCAUAUCAAUGCUUGGAAUGUGGAAAGAGCUUCUGCCGGAAGGAAACUUUGACUUCACAUCAAAGAAUUCAUACAGGGGAGAAACCAUAUCAAUGCUUGGAAUGUGGAAAGAGCUUCUGCCGGAAGGAAAGUUUCACUUCACAUCAAAGAAUUCAUACAGGGGAGAAACCAUAUCAAUGCUUGGAAUGUGGAAAGAGCUUCUGCCAGAAGAAAAGUUUCACUUCACAUCAAAGAAUUCAUACAGGGGAGAAACCAUAUCAAUGCUUGGAAUGUGGAAAGAGCUUCUGCCGGAAGGAAACUUUCACUUCACAUCAAAGAAUUCACAGUGGGGAGAAACCAUAUCAAUGCUUGGAAUGUGGAAAGAGCUUCUGCCGGAAGGAAACUUUCACUUCACAUCAAAGAAUUCACAGUGGGGAGAAACCAUAUCAAUGCUUGGAAUGCGGAAAGAGCUUCAGCGGGAAGGCAAAUCUGACUUCACAUCAAAGAAUUCAUACAGGGGAGAAACCAUAUCAAUGCUUGGAAUGUGGAAAGAAUUUUAAUACAAGCACAAAUUUCCAUCGUCAUCAAAGAAUUCAUGGGGAGAAACCAUAUCAAUGUUUGGAAUGUGGAAAGAGCUUCCGUCAGAGCUCCAAUCUCACUUCCCAUCAAAGAACGCACAGCAGGAAGAAGCCAUAUGAAUGAUUGUUUAAGAUGGAAUUCAAUUUUAGGGGACUUUAAUUAAAAUGCAUGAGAGAAUUCCAGCAAUGGUCUGGAAUAAACCAUA